CAAUAAGUCGUAGAGGAGACCCAAGCGUGACGAUGGCAAAGGAGAAAUCGCUGGACAGCAUUCGCUCUCCUAGAUCGCACCAUGAAGCACGCCAGAGCUCCAGCAGUCACAUGUCGGAGCCUUCAGCUCGAAAUUGGUAUCUUCAUCGACUGUACCUUCGCUCCGAGUUCAAGGAAUGUCUGCGCGUCAUUGAAGGAGUGUUGCGAGAGCAUCAGGGUCUGAGCGAGUACCCGUUGUACAUUAAAGCUCUGAUCUUACGUCAGUCUGGACGAAUCCAAGAGAGUCUGCAGCUGUUCCAAGCUGCAGCGUGUUUGAACCCGGAAAACAAGGAAAAUCUGAAACAAGUGGGAAGAUCACUCUACCUGUUGGGCAAACACACGGCUGCCAUUGAGGUGUACGAGGAGAUCUUGACUAUGGGACGCGUGGACGACUGGGAGAUUUAUCACAGUAUGGGACUUUGCCACAUGUACCUCAAGGACUACGACCGCGCGGCGCAGAAUUUCCAGCGAGCAAACACCAUCAACCGCCAUGACGCGACUUUCCUCCAACUGGGCAAAGUGCACACGCUCCGAGAGGACUUCAAAGCUGCGAUUAACGUGUAUCUGGAAGCGCUAGAGUUCUCACCGGAGAACCCGAAGAUCCUAACAACCCUCGGACUGCUCUAUCUCCGCGUAGGCGAAAACUUCCGCGCCUUCGACUACCUGGGCAACUCGCUAACGCACGACCCCCGUAACCCGAAGACCAUUCUCGCUGCAGGAUCGAUCAUCCAGGACCAUGGGGAUAUGGACGUUGCCCUCGUAAAGUACCGCGUGGCUGCGGCUCAGACGCCCAAUUCGGCCCAACUUUGGAACAAUAUCGGCAUGUGCUUCUUUGGCAAGCAGCGUUACGUAGCGUCCGUGGCCUGCCUCAAGCGUGCAUUGUACUUGGACCCAUUUGAGUGGAUCACGUCGUACAAUUUAGGUCUCGUGCAUCUCAAUACGGGUCAGUACGCGUCCGCUUUCCACUUCUUCAGCGCCGCCAUUAACCUCAAACCAGACUUCCCGAGCUCGUACAUGUAUUUGGCCAUCACGCUGAGUCGUCUGGACGAUUUCGAGAACGCCUGCAGCGCAUUUGACAAGGCCAUCGAGAUGGAACGAGACCACAUGUUUCACCUUAACUACGCCAUCACGCUGUACAACAACGACGAGAUGGAGCGAGCCAGGGUGCAGUUCGACCGCUUCGAGGAGAUCUUUGAGGGUCUGGACGAAGAGGCUCGCUCGGCCGAUCCAGAAGUGCAGGAGCAACGUCAAGCUCUGCUGAAUGCGCUGGUGGACUAA